AUGUACAUGGAAGCGUUUACAACACCAAAUAUCUUAGUGAUUUCCUCGGAUGGGGAUUUCAUUGAUGCUAUUCAUAGAAUGAUCAAUCGAGGAGAGGUGGUCAGUAACCAUGAAAGAGAAUGUUUCAUUCCUCACAAGACAUUCUCUGGCAAUCGACCUUCUCUCAGCAUUCUACUUCCAGAAUUGAAUGCUUAUAAUGUCCGACAGUUGUUGGCGAUCUAUGAAUACAGAGUUGCAGUGCAAGUCUUUAUUUGGGGUAUUAAUUCGUUUGAGCUAGGAAAAGUUCUGGCUACUCAAGUGAGGAAACAGCUUCAUUCGCCACGUACUCAAGGAACCAAAUCUCGAAGGAUUCGAUUUCAGUACCACCACGCUUUUGAAACGAUAUCUCCAGACAAGUUCGGAGCCGCAGAUGUGAAGUUGCAUCAGACGAACAAGUCCCAUUUCCUCGUUCAAUCAAACAUGAAACAUUCGAGCUUUUCCACAGUCUUGUACUUCUAG